AUGGGGGGCGAGGAAGGGAAGAAGGCAGUGAUCGACAAGCACUACUUCGAGUCCUACGCUAAGAUCGGGAUCCACCAUGAGAUGUUGAGCGACAGGGUGCGAACGGAGAGCUACAGGAGUUUCCUCCUCAACAACCCCUCGCUGGUGAAAGAUAAAGUUGUGCUCGAUGUCGGUUGCGGGACGGGGAUUUUGAGCUUGUUUGCUGCACAAGCGGGGGCCAAGCACGUGUACAGUAUUGACAUGUCGGACAUCAUUGAUGAAGCACGAGAGAUAGUGAGGGAGAACGGUAUGGCGGAGAAAAUCACUCUGAUCCGAGGAAAGGUGGAGGAAAUCACUCUGCCGGUGGAGAAGGUUGAUCUGAUAGUGUCGGAGUGGAUGGGCUACUUCCUGCUCUACGAGAGCAUGCUUGAUUCGGUGAUCGAGGCGAGGAAGAGAUUCCUACGUCCGGGGGGAGCAUGCAUGCCCGACAAGUGCAGCAUGCACAUCACAGCGAUCGAGGAUAGCGAGUCUGAUGGCUACCUGCAGCGGUUGAGCUUCUGGGAUGACGUUUACGGGUUUGACAUAAGAUCGCUGAGCACGGAGGGGACAGUCGACUUCUACAAGGAGUCUCAAGUGAUAUCAUCAACCUCAGUCAUCAACAAGUUCGAUUGCAACGUUGUUGAGGUCAAGGAUCUAGAGUUCGUGGGCGAGUUCCGGUUAGAGGUCACCAGGAGCGCCAAGCUGGACGCGCUGCUUACCUACUUUGACAUCGAGUUUGCGGGGGGAUGUGACCAGGUGGUCAGCUUCACGACGGGGCCACAGGAGAGGAUGGAGGAGCAAACGCACUGGAAGCAGACGAGCUUCUACCUGGACGAGGAGCUGGAGGUACAGCAGGGGGAUAUAGUGGCAGGAGAACUGCACUGCAAGCGGCACUCGAAGAACCCUCGGGCUCUGGAGGUUCUGAUCAAGUGGGAGGUGAAGAGAGGAGAGCACAAGGUCAAGAGCAAGUUCCAGACGUACGUGGUGGAGUGA